AUGGCAGUAGAAGAGCUUGAGAAAUCAAUGGCGGCAACUGAGAUUGAAGACCAGAGAAAAGACGAUGAUGAUUUAGAGGAAGUUGAGAUUAUCGACGACAACUCAAACGCCGAAAAACCUAGCAAAUCAAUUGCAACAACUCAUCCUCUUGAGAAUGAUUGGACUUUUUGGUUCGAUAAUCUUACUUCUAAAUCAAAACAAGCUGCUUGGGGUAGCUCAAUUCGACCCAUUUAUACUUUCUGUAUUGUUGAAGAAUUCUGGAGUAUAUGGACUACAAUAGAUCUUGUAAAAUUAGUCGGUAACAACUUGAGCGAGGUUAGGCACAACCAGAUAGGUAGUUUCAACAAGGGAGCUGCUAUGGGUCUUUGUACUUUUACGUUUCUGUUGUGA